GUGUGUGUGUGACUGUGUGUGUGUGACUGUGUGUGUGUGACUGUGUGUGACUGUGUGUGUAUGACUGUGUGACUGUGUGUGUAGGGGCACGCGUGGCCAUCAAGAAGAUUCCGUGUGCCUUUGACGUGACAACGACCGCCAAGAGGACUCUGCGUGAACUCAAGAUGCUGCUCCACUUCAAGCACGACAACGUCAUCGCCAUCCGGGACCUACUGCUGCCGCAAGACCCACGCAACUUCAAGGACGUCUACGUGGUCCUGGACCUCAUGGAGAGCGACCUGCACCAGAUCAUCCACUCGUCACAGUCGCUGAGCGCCGAGCACGUGCGAUACUUCCUGUACCAGCUGCUGCGGGGCCUCAAGUUCGUGCACUCGGCACGGGUCCUCCACCGCGACCUGAAGCCCUCCAACCUGCUGGUGAACGAGACGUGCGAGUUGAAGAUCGGAGACUUCGGCAUGGCGCGGGGGAUGGCCUCCCUGUCGCCGGGAGGGCACCAGGCUCAGCCGGAUUCUGAGAACUGCCUCAUGACGGAGUACGUCGCGACCAGAUGGUACAGGGCACCAGAGCUGAUGUUGGCCUUGCAUCACUACACUCAGGCUGUGGACAUGUGGUCUGUGGGGUGCAUCUUUGCUGAGAUGCUGUCACGGAGGCAGCUGUUCCCCGGCCGCAACUACCUCCACCAGCUACAGCUCAUCCUGGCCGUGCUGGGGACACCCCCACCAGAGCUCACACAGGCCAUCGGCGCUGAGCGUGUGCGUGCCUACGUGCUCAGCCUGCCCCCGCGCUCGCCCGCCCCGCUGGGCCCCCUCUUGGGGGGCUCCGCCGUGGCCGCGGCCGCGGCCUCGUGUGACCCCCAGGCCGUGGAGCUGCUGGGACUGCUCCUGCGGCUGUCUCCCGGCGAACGUCCGAGUGCGGCGGCGGCGCUCAGCCACCCCUACCUGGCACAGUAUCACGACUCCAGCGACGAACCUGACUGCGUCCCCGCGUUCGACUUCAGCUUCGACAGGCCCACACUCAGCCGUCACGAGGCCAGAGACGCGGUGCUGACGGAGAUUCAGGCGUUUCAUGCCAAACGCGAGGGCAUCCAACGCAAGAUCACCGUCCGGCCUCACCUCCGCCCAGCCAGCAGCAGCAGCAGCAGCAUCAGCAGCGGCAUCAGCAGCGGAAUCAUCAGCGGCGGCAGCAGCUCCCGGCACAGUAACGGGGACGGCGGCUGCACCUUCGGCGUUGGCAGCGGCAAGCACAGUCAUGCUCAUCAGCAGCAUCAUCAGCAGCAGCAGCAGCAUCAUCAGCAGCAGCAGCAGCAUCAGCAGCAGCAUCAGCAGCAGCAGCAUCAGCAGCAGCAGCAUCAGCAGCAGCAGCAGCAACCGAGUGCCAGAGCGGGAGUGGACGACGCGUAUGGAGGGGACGUGGACAUGCCCAGCGCCAGCUCCGUGUGCUCAAUGGACCUGGGCCUUGCGGCCCUGGAGCCAAAGUCUCCGCUGGGGAUGAGCAGGGACGCAGGCGCGGCCGAGGACGUCCCUGCGGAGGCCUCGACGGCACCCCCAGCGGCCCACGCGGCGUCCCAGCCGACCUCCUCCUCCUCCUCCUCCUCAUCAUCCUCGUCCACCACCGCCUCCACCUCCAUCUCGUC